AUGUGUUCAGCAGCAAGUGGUGGUGGUGACGGUGGUAGUGGUGCUGCUGCUGUUGCUGUCCUCCUUGGUCCUUUCGUGCAGGCGAUCACAAGAGGAGGGUCGUCCAUGUGCAUGUGCACGGCAACAGAGGAAAUGGUGGAUGUGGAUGUGGUGGAGCUUGGGCGACGGCGGCAGCCUCAUCUCAACGCACACCCUGCCAUUGCUGUCGCUGUUGUGGCAGUGGUGGGUGUCAGAAUCAGCACCAGCAGCAGCAGCGGCGACAAGGAGGAGGAGGAGGAGGUCAUGGGUUCAUCGGCAAAAGAGGAUGAGGAUGAUGAGGAUGGUGAGGCACUGUGGCUGACGGGCAAUGAUGGCUAG